CCACCAAAAGUGGGAAGUGAUGAGUCGCAUGAAGUGGUUGUCGGGAAGAGUGUAAUACUGAACUGCGAUGUGGUGCGCGAAGGCUCCAAAUCGACCAUAUCUUGGCUUGCGAACGGUUCAGAAACACUACCACCAAAUGCUCAAAUUGUCCUUGAUGGUCGGCGUAUGUACAUCGAUGAUAUAACACUUAGCAACGAAGGAGUAUAUCAAUGCCGUGUACGGAACAGUGCUGGUCAAAGUACCAAGAAUUUUGCUUUAGCCGUUUUAGCACCACCACGUUUCACUGACAAAGAAUACGAGGCAAACAUUGAACUAACAUCGGGUGCAGUACUGCCAUUGACAUGCUACGUAGAAGGGAAUCCGCGACCGGAUGUUCGGUGGUUACGCGAUGGACAAGUGCUUGCGGAUGGAGCUGCGUCAAUUAGUGAUCGAAACCAGAAACUUAUUUUACAGCACAACGAUUUUACCACACACAGGUAA